AUGGAAGCUGUUGCUAACUAUCCAUUUACUCCUACUGAACCUGACGAACUUGGGUUUGAAAAAGGUAGUACUUUAUAUAUUGUUGGUAUGGAAGAGGAUCCGAAUUGGUAUAAAGCCCGGCUAGGGAACCAAGAAGGCAUGGUACCUGCAAACUAUAUUUCUUUGUAUCCUCAUCCAUGGUACAUACCCAGGUGUAGUCGGCGAGAGGCAGAGGCCAGACUUUUAGAAACUGAUCCGGAUACGAACCGGGACGUACAACCUGAUGGAGCAUUUAUUUUACGGCAAAGCGAAAAUGAUCCUGGUCAGUUCAGUAUCUCGGUCAAAGAAGGUUCGUCGGUUUUGCACUUCCGUAUAUUUUUCGAUCCAAAGGGUAAGUAUUACAUCUGGACGAAUAAAUUCGACUCAAUCAAUGCCCUGAUCGAUUAUCAUCGUCAUCAAACAAUAUACGGGGUAAAAGCACUCCUACUACGUGAUUGUGUUUCAAGUAAAACUUUUGGUUCAGUUGGUUCCGGUCCUAAUGUGGUUUUUAAUAGCCCUAGCAUUCACACAAAUACUACUAACAAGGGUUCCCAUCCACAGACUACCGUUGGUUCACAUUUACAUAAUAAAGAACACCCUGCUCAAAUGAAUCUGGAUUUACCUCCUGGAGUAGUAUUUACAAAUUUGUCUGGACGACAGUGUGUAGCCAAAUUUGACUUCAAUGCUGAGUUUCAAGAGGAAAUGUCAUUUCGUCAGGGAGAUCGUCUUCGAUUGCUUGGUGAAGAAGAUGAAAAUUGGUGGUUUGCUGAAUUAAUAACUCAUGCUUCUAGUGGUCAACCAACUCCUCAAGGCUUGAUUCCUGCUAAUUAUGUCAAACUCUUAUCAAAUAAUACGUCUAGUUCCACAGUUUCUAACAUGCGUAGUAAUCCUUCUAAAGUUCCACAACCCUCUGCUCAGAUCGCUCGUGCUACUUAA